UCAUUUUUCUAUUUUAUUUCCAGGCUUCCGGCAAUUACCCAUAGGAGUCGCCAUGACCCCAGCUUUGAGAGAGGCCGAAAUGAAGGGACAUGGUAUCCACUUGUCAUCUUCUUUGUCUAGAACCAUGGAGUCUGACACAGUGCUUUGUAUGGAAAGUCCAGGAACUGUUGAAGAAAACCUAAAGGGAGACUCCAUCACACAGAUUAAUUGCUCAAUGCUGGGGUUUCCAACUCCUGAACCUAGCCUUAAUGCUAAUUUUGUGAAUUUAAAACACUUUGGCUCUCCUCAGCCUUCAAAACAUUAUCAGACAGUCUUUCUAAUGAGUUCUAAUUCUUCAAUAAACAUGUAUAGUGAAAAUUAUAAACAAAAAAAGUUAGGGGACCCUAAUUGCAGUAAGCUAAAAAAUGCGCUAAGGAAUGGCACCAGCAUUAGGCUCAGUAGAAUUUGUCCUCCUAAUUCUGAAGAGUUCAUCAAAAAGGAACCUUUAUCAGAGACCACAAGCCAGUGCAUGACUGAUUUGCCAAGUGUUUUGGAUUCUAAUGUAACCAAAGUCAGUAGUGUGGAAAACAUAGAGCUUCCAAACUGUAAAUGGUACCAAAAGAAUGGUCUUUUGGAUAAAGCUUCUGCUGCUGAGAGUAAAAAGAGUUUUUUGCAGUGUGCGCAAAAGAAAGUUUGGCCUGUGCACCCAAAUGUACUUAUUAGCUCCCCUGCCACUGAGAAAGAAGAAGAAGUGAAUGCUCGUUUACUUCAUUGUGUAAGCAAACAAAAAAUUCUCCUUAGCCAGGCCAAAAGAACUCAGAAACAUUUGCAGAUGCUACUGGCAAAGCAUGUUGUUAAACACUGUGGUCAACAGAUGAAAUUCUCUAUGAAGCAUCAGUCCCAAAGAAUGAGGAUCUUUCAUGAACCUGCCAGGAUUCUAGACAAUAGUUUCCACAGAUGCACUGAAAUUAAACCAGAAGUCUGCUUAUCUAAUUCAGAGAAUGAUUUGUGGAAAGAUACAAAAAAUGGUUUUGCAAGGUGCACCAUUGCAGAAAUUCAGAAGUUUGCACUAUCGGCUACAGGGUUGUUGUCUCAUGUUGAAGAGGGUUUAGACUCUGAUGCAACUGACAGCAGCUCAGAUGAAGAUUUGGAUGAGAAGCCCAUUAGAAAAAGUGUCAUGGUUAACUAUAGUACUGAAUGGAAGUGGCUUGUAGACAGAGCUAGAGUUGGCAGCCGCUGGACAUGGCUUCAGGCCCAGAUUUCGGAGCUAGAAUACAAAAUCCAACAACUAACUGACAUUCACAGACAGAUACGUGCCACCAAGGGAACAGUGGUCCUAGAAGAAUACCAACUUCCAAAAGAUAUUUUGAAGAAACAGAUACAAUUGACAGACCAAGGAACUUUAUUAAACAUCACAGAGAAUUCUCAGGUUCCUCAGGAGAGACAAGAUUCUUUACCAGAACAAGAUUUUGAAAUGUCACCAAGUAGCCCUACACUGCUUCUUCGAAACAUAGAAAAACAGAGUGCUCAACUGACCGAAAUAAUCAACAGUCUGAUUGCUCCACUCAACUUGUCUCCUACUUCAUCACCUCUUUCUUCUAAGCCCUGUAAACAUAAACGACUGACUAAUGGCAUUUCUAGGAGUGCUUCAGAGAAUUUAGAUGAGCUCUCUUCCUCCAGUAGCUGGUUACUUAACCAGAAGCACAUUAAGAAAAGGAGAAAAGACAGAACAAGACUGAGAUCUCCAUCCUUGACUCUCAUGAGCACAGCAGCCCGAACAAGGCCACUUCAGAGUUUCCACAAACGAAAACUCUACAGAUUGAGCCCUGCUUGUUAUUGGAUUCCAAAGGCUUUGCCUUCCAAAGAAAUGCCAUUUCACAGUGCUAGACCAAUGUCUUGCAUGAUAUCAUCUUCAACCUGGAAUAAUUGUGAUCACAAUACAAAGUCUGAGAUAUUAAAACAACAUGUACCAGAGCUAGACUCUUCUUUCCAUUCUGUUUUAUCACUUCCAUCAGAUGUUCCACUUCAUUUACAUUUUGAAACACUAUUAAAAAAGAAUGAAAUCAAGGGAGACCCGGCUGAAACUACAUUGUUGGAAGAUGAAUGCAUCUUAUCUCCUUCAACUGCACAUAUUACACAGAGUACUACUCUUACCCCAUGGAGAAGUGGAUAUUCCCCUGUAUGCAAACCUCAAACCAGGUCAGAAACAUCAGCACAAGUAUUACAGGGAAGAAAGAAAAGGCACUUAAGUGAAACAGCAAUAGGAGAAAGAAACAGGUUUGAAGAAUUUACUUUACAACAUGCAGAACCAGGAUCCCAUAACAGUUUUACUGCAGUCACUAAUAUCAAUGUGAUAUCUAGGUCAACUCAGAAUUCAUCACAAAAUUCUACAAGACGGAGACUAAGAAGUGAAAGCUCUUAUGACAUUGAUAAUAUCGUGAUUCCUAUGUCACUGGUGGCCCCAGCCAAGUUGGAGAAGCUGCAAUAUAAAGAAAUUCUUACUCCAAGCUGGAGGAUUGUUGAUCUUCAACCUUUGGAAGAAUUUCAUUUAGGUGAAGAAAUAGAAGAUCUUUCUGAUGAAGUCUUCUCUUUACGCCAUAAAAAAUAUGAAGAGAGAGAGCAAGCGAGAUGGUCACUCUGGGAACAAAGCAAGUGGCACAGAAGAAAUAGCAGGUCUCAAGAUGUCCAGCCUUGCUGUAGAACACUCACUCCAAGAGAUGUCCUAGCAUGUACAAGGCUCAAUUCACAUCUUUCUCCACAGCCUAGAGAUCUAUCCCUACAGCGGUGUAGGGGAAGAUAUGAAUUGAGCCCUUCAUGGGUGUCGUUGCAACAGAAUACCAUUGGAACACAGAGCCAGGCAAUAGGGGUCAGAUCUUAUGGCAAAUAUGCUGAAGGGCAGCAAGGACAAGAUUCACUAUUAAAAGAAAAUCACAAUGAUGUUAACACUGUUGAACAUUGUGCUUCUGAAGCUGUCCUUGAGUUUCCUUCUGAAAUGCAUGGCCUUUGUGUGGAUGCCUCACCUUUCUUAAACAAAAAUCAAGAAGCCAAGUCAGUGUGGUGGGAACGACGGGCUUUUCCACUGAAGGAUGAAGAGAGGCAGGAGGGAGCCAUUUCAACGUCCUGGGCAGUGCUUCGGUCAGACCUGUGUAUGUUCGGCUUGUCAACUUGGCAAUUAUAUGAAGACUGGAUUACAGAAGGAAGAAACUUGAGGCAAGGUGAUCAAUUAAGAGAUUAGGGCAAUAGUAAAUGUUCAACUAGGGUGGCCAUCAUAUAAGUAAAAAGAAAUACAAGUUAUUUAAUGUUGACUUGGUUUGGAGGUGCUCUUAUGACUAGGAUUUUGCUCCCCCCAACCACUACAAGAGAUUUUGUGUGUGUAUGUGACUAUAUAUAUAUGUAUUUAUAUAUAUAAAGCUAGAAUAAUGUUCUUGGGACAUUUUCUGCCUAUAUUUAAGAACUGCAAACAAUGCAAUUUCUUUUUGCCUUUAAGAGCACAAUAAAACUACCAUGCAAUUGGCCCUACCAGAUUGUUACAAUGCCUUUCCCCUUCUGUCACCAACCCCUCCCCCCCUUUUUUGCAAGGAACAAAAGGAGGCAGUAGAGAGACUUAAAAAAAUCUAUUUAUGCUCUGACUCAAGGAAAACUUUGGAAUAGCAAUAAGAAGAUACUGACUUUUUCACAAGCAAUCAGUCUAACAAGCCAUCAGUUAUAAAACAGGCUUUAUUUAAUAAUCAAAAAAAUUUACACCAGCUCAAAUCAGAGCCUCAAAAUAGGGGAAAACUUCUUUUCCAGUGUCCAAAAAACCCUUCUUUCUGUUGGGCUUUAAUCUUUCCUUAGAACCUACAUUGUUCCCACAAUUCAUCACAUUUAUAAACUUAUAAAGGCCUAUAGGGUCUAGAUUGCUUCUCAGAACAAAAGGUUUGCUGAUGUACUGAUCCUUUAUUCUCUCCUUGUUCAUUCAAAUUGUACAAGUCUCUUUCCUACUCUGAAGGAGUCUUUUUUUCCUUCUCUUUUCUGAGGUUCAGAAUCGCCUGCAUCUGACCACAUGGUCCCUCAGUGAGGCCACAUUUUUCUUUCAAAAUAUUAGUUUACCACCAAGCCAACAAUGCAUGUGGCUUCCUAGAGUCUGCACAGCCUAUGCUUAGUUUAGCUUUAAUAUCUUUGUUUUCUAGUUUUACUUACAGCAAGAAUGUCGAUAUGGAUUAUUUUAAUUCCUACAGCAGUAUGCCACCAAUGUACAAAGGUCUCAUAUUUAUAAAGGUUUAGUAUUUUUUUAAAAAUGCUAUUUUUAUUGUGUAAGGAGGAACUUCUCUAUAAAUGCAGAAAAGAACUUAAGGUCUUAAGAGCUUUGCCUGGCGCAAGAGGGUGAGGUGCCCAAGAUCACAGAGCUAGCAUGGAACCCAGGGAGGCCUUGGAACCAAAUCUUCCUGAAUCACAGGGCAUCUCUCUAUUCCAACAUGCUGCCUCACAUUUAGAUUACAAACAAUUCUUGUCUUAGAUUACAACUGUUGGAUUUUUUUGCUAAAAAUCUAACAGUUCUUAGCAUCUCAUGCUCUCUUUUCUGCUGCUUAAACUUGAUAACUAGAUAAGGGGGCUGUGUAGGAGUCACAUUUUAUUUUUCAUUUAACCUCUAUACUUUAUCUGCCCAGUUCUGUUUGUGUGUGUUUGAAGCAAAUGGGGGUUAAGUGGCUUGCCCAGGGUCACACAGCUAGAAAGUGUUAAGUGUCUAAGGCCAGAUAUGAACUCAGGUCCUCUUGACUUUAAGGCUGGUGCUCUAUCCACUGAGUAUCUAGCUACUCCCUGCCCAGACCUUGCUAGCAAUAAAGUUCACCUCAGUCCAUACCUGAAAUAAUUAUUAAUAAACAAUAAUUUGGGAAGAUACAGAGUUUUCUUCUUCUUUUAAGAUUUUAAAAACUCACC